AAAACACCCAUGAGUGUGUAGUGUGUGUUUGUUUCUCUCUCUCUCUCUCUCUGUGUGUAGGGCGGAAACUGUGACUAAACACCAGGGGAAUUACGUUUCCUUUUCCAAAAUGCAUCUGUUAUUUAUAAAAAUAAGUUUUCAGACUUCGCACAAAUAACCCAACGGUUCCCCCGGAGGAGCAGAGCCAGCGUUUUGUGAGUGGAGGAAGUGCAGAGGAAUGCUCGGGAAGGAGAGAUCCAAGUCAUACAAUGAGUUAAUUGAUGACGAUGAUAAGGAUGAAGGUAACGCACAGUCUCCAGGCUUCUUUGACGACGCCAUCGAGGACCUGGAGAGCGAGGAGCCCGACGACGGCACCUCGCAAGAGGAUGACAACAAGGGCAGCGGCCCAUCGAGGAGAUUCAGUAAAACCUGCCUGAGGAACGUCUUCACGGUGGUGCUCAUCUUCAUCUACCUGCUGCUGACGGGCGUGGCCAUCUUCCUGGCCUACCAGAACAUCUCCGACUUUCUGGAGAAACUCAACAACCCCGUUAUGUCCGUCACCUACAAAGAGGUCGACUCCUUUUUGGCGCCGGGUAUUGCUCUGUAUCCCGGCAAAGCUCAGCUGUUGGGCUGCAAACAUCACUUCCACGACUACAUCCCACCUCUAGUGGACCCGGGAAAGCCUCAAGAAGGAGACUGCGCGAUGGAAGACGUGACGUACUUUGGGCCGUUCUCCAAACGAAAGAUACGAGCUCUGGUGGUCCGCGGCCCAACUGAGGUCCGAAGGAAAGAGUUGAUCUUCAUGCAGUUCAGUCUCAAUGAAACCGAAGAGGACUUCAGCGCCAUCACCUACAUGCUUUUUUCCAAUUUCGGUGACUUGAUUGACAGUGCAAAUAAAUCCAUCUUCAUGAGGGAUUGUGAGAAGAAUUACUCCAUGUGGACUUUCUCUGGAGGGUUCAGGACCUGGGUCAAGAUGUCUUUAGUGAAGACGUCUGGGAAAAACAAUGACUCUGUGGAGUUUCGGCAAGAGUCCGCUGUGGUGAAAUUCAAUGACAAAAGGCCCGACUCAAAGAAAAGCAAUCAGCUCUUCUUCGCCGUCUUCGAAUGGCGGGAUCCGUAUAUUCAAGAAAUCCGACUGAUCGUGACUGCUAACCCGUGGAACUCCAUAGCCAUUCUCUGUGGCUGCUUCAUGGCUCUCUUCAAGGCUGCCAAUUUUGCCAAACUGACGAUUCAGUGGAUAAUCAGAAUGCGUAAGAGGCAUAUGAGGAACAAAAAUCGGGAGCUGAAGCAAAUAAACUGAAACGUUGUGCAGAAAAACUCUGACAAGAUCCAAAUUAUCCAAGUGGGUUUAUAUUUUGUACAUGUUUUUUAGGUCAAUACUUUUUCACUUUUUUAAUAAUUGGUAGAUAUUCUCAGCAGUAGAUAAUUAGUUUACUCAUAAAAUGUUUAAUAGAUAGAGGGAUAUGCUGGAACUUAAUACGACUGACCAAUUAAUCGUUUCAUAAAAAUGGACGAAUUGAACUGUUGCUUUUCAAAAUAAGCGCUAUUUCAUAAAUGAUUUCUACGCACGUGAGAUUGUUGCUGAAAGCUGAGGCACUUCAAAUAUAUGAGGGGUUUGAGAGCUUGACAAACAAUGUUUUUAAGUAUGUAAACAUGUGUAAAGCUGAGAAAAUGUGGACUUUGGUCAAAACGUUGCUGGAUUUUAAAAUCAUAUUAUAAAGGGAAUAACGUAUUUUAAGUUUGUGUCCUAUUUUUUCUUUUCAAGAAAAUAUCCCUUUCUUGUCACAACGCAUUAUAAAUACAUUGAUAACUCUGAUGAACUACUUUUUUUCUGUCAAAUGAAUCUGCUGUUUAGGCCAAAUACAUUCUGAAUGUUGUCUUUGUCUAUUGUUUUGAUUUGAUCAUAAUGUAAAAACCUAUAUUCAUUGUUGUUAAAGUUGACUUGAAUUAAUGUCUUAAUUGUGUCCCUUUUUUAAUAUUGUAUCUCACUCGCUAUGUUGUUAGAAUUUUUGAAAAUAAAAUCUUAUGUUUAUGUCUA